UUGCUCCACCAGUCUGUAUCCGACUCUAGUGAAAGUCGCCCAGGAUACGCAACUCUCGCACAUCAUGUUCUAAGCAUUUCUUUUGCUCUUUUCCGCACCCAUCCGACCCACGAGGUGAACACCACCGGCUCAGUGAGUUUGCUUUUUGCCGUAGAAUGUGAAAGGUGCUGCAUGAGAACCUGGCACAGAACUCUUUUAUCAGUGCUUAACAGUGAAGAAGAAAAUCAACUAAUAAGGAUUACAGUGUUAAUAAAAGAAUGAGUGAAUCGGAUCCGAAUAAUGAGUUGUUGGAGCAAUUGAAGAAAUUUGACGCAAAUGUCUGUGAAAGGGAAACUUUUGUCCAAAAAUUCAAACGACUUUGGAAGUCGUUUAACGUGAAAAAAGCCCUCGGUCAUAUCAGUUUAUUGGUAUCAUUGGCAAUCUACUGUGGAGUUGGUGGAAUUGUGAGUAAAAACAAUGGGGUAUUCCGGGAACUGGAAUUGCCAGCCGAAAGAGCACGUGUUGUGGAGUUGCGUGACAUUGUGCGGGAAAAACGACACAAUUUCCUCACAGCAGUGACCAAUAAUACCGAUGUUAGGAACUUGGAACGUUUAGUAUCUAUGGAAUUAGCAAAGUAUGAAAUUUCUGUUCAGGAAGCUGUCCAAGGUGGUCUUGUGAUCUCCGUUGAUGACGAUUUUCCCGCCGAUGAAGAGAAAUGGAGUGUAAUGCAAGCUGUAUUUUUCUCAUCAACCGUUUUAACGACAAUCGGAUACGGAAAUAUUGUUCCAGUGACAACAUCAGGAAGAAUCUUCUGUAUGUGUUUUGCACUCAUUGGAAUUCCUCUCACAUUAACCGUCAUUGCGGACAUGGGUGUUCUCUUUGCCACAGCAGUCUCAACUAUUGCUAAAAGUUUACCUCCAAUGCCAAAAUGGUGCAAACCCAAGAAGGACGCCGACUUUUCCAGCAAAAGAUGGCUUUAUGCUCUAUCAGCUGUUGCCUUCCUGGCCUUUUAUCUGGCUGCUGGGGCUGCUCUCUUAAUUCAAUGGGAGGAAGAUUGGACAUUUUUUGAUGGUUUCUAUUUUUGCUUCAUCACAAUGACCACCAUUGGAUUUGGAGACAUUGUGCCGGAAAAGCCCAAUUAUAUGCUACUUUGUACCUUAUACAUUCUCGUUGGUUUGGCCUUAACAUCCACCAUAAUUGAGCUAGUUCGUCGUCAAUAUGCCCAAAGUUGGCAGCAGCUCCAAGCACUAUCAGGUCCUUUGGCAGAUACUCUGAGACGAUUAGGAGCUUCUGGUGGUGCUGGUGGAAUUGAUGUUUCUGCUCUGCAGAAUGACCUAAAGCGGGUAUUAACUGUAUCAAUGCCAAGAAGACAUGGUUUCAGUGGACCAAGUUCCGAUAGAAAAGACGAUGAUCAGGAAAUGGCAGCUCUUGAAGCAAUCACCAAUGCCAUUUUGCAAGAAGUCAAGGAGGCAGCACAUCAAGCCCACAAGCAGCAUCCCAAAGUUGUACAAAUAGUUAUAUAUGAGUCAUCUGUCUAAUGAUCUUAUACAUAAUAUCUUGAUAAUAUAUUCAAACUGUCUAGUCAGGCUGCAAGAAAUCACUUUUCUAAAUGCACACACAUUACAACACGCAAUUUUAUGUAACUAGUCAUGAUGGAAAUAUACGUUUAUAUACAUUAGGCACAAGUAUAUCUUAAAAUAAAACUUUUAUACUAUCUUUA